CUGAGAAUGCAAGCUGUGUGUUUUGGUUUCCUCCAAAUGAAGACUACAGCCUUCAGACACCCACACAUGCUUUAGCCAUCACAGCAUUUUUGCCUUUUCUGUCCUUCUUGAAUAUAUUUGGAUGAAGAGUCAGUAGAGCGAACAAGACACUUCAGUGUUCCCGGCUGCAGCAUUUGACACAGUUUCUCCCCUUUUUUCUUUUAGGAGACUAUGCCCCUCCUUCAUGGCAUUUCUGAGCUUCAUUCUGCAUCAGUACUGACUUCAUAAGGAGAGCAGAAGGGAUGAGUGGUAUACGAUAAGGAGCAAAGCUCUAACACUGCAAAAGGAAGACGUCUUAAUAAGACUAGCUGGCUGCAACACCUGGGGGAACGCCGUUCUGGACCCUGACUAUUCCUGGAAAUUCAUCAGAAAAGAAGUUGAGAGCUAUAGUAUCUGGUGAUCUGGUGAUCUUCCAGUAUUUAUAAAACUUCGUGAAAGAGAAAACCAUCCCUGAACAUUGGAAGCAUCAGCACUUCUUAAAAUCCAAGACAGCAGACCACGGGCAUUUUUUAUUAAGGUGUCUUCCAGCCCGGACACAGAAAUAAUUUUGCUGACUGUGGGCACCAAAUGGAAUCUUUUCCCCUGACACCUUCUCGCAGAGUUGCUAAGGAUGGAAGCAGAAUCUUUUGAAAAUCUCUGCUGGCUCAUUCUCUACAAUAAGAGAUGAUGAUGGGUAUAUUUUUCAUAGAAAAAUGAGCAAUCAGGUUGUUCAGAAACUGUAAGAGAAGAAAAUGCAGUGUAACCAUGGAAAAGAAGGGCAGAGAGAGCCUACCCGAAUUCUUUGUCAAGACCUGGAUGAUUCUGUAUUGUGAUGAUGCAUCUUCCAGCCCUUCAACACAAGGCCAUGUUGUUUGGUAAGUCUGAAAAAGGACUUCAAGUACAUAAAGGACAGUCUCAAACUUAUGGCUCGCUUCUGCAGGCUGAUCAUGCACUUCAUGGAUGUUCCUCGAGCAUUCAAAAUGAUAACCAUAGUGCUUACAAUGCUUGUUUUGUACAGACUGCUUCAUUAUAUUCAGGUUCGAAAUAUAGCUAGUGACGCAGAGCCCAGCAAACCCCUGAUUAUCUUAGUAUGGCAUUGGCCUUUUGGCAGCUCUUUCAAAUUAAGUGGGGAUGUCUGCUUUGACCUGUAUGGAAUACGGGACUGCUUACUAACUGAAGACCGUGCCAUGUAUACUGAGGCUGAUGUGGUAGUUUUUCAUCAUCGUGAGCUACAGAACAAGCGUUCUUCUCUUCCUGAAGAAGAGAGACCCAGUAACCAAAAGUGGGUCUGGGUCUCUCUGGAAUCUCCAUCUGCAACAAGUGAUGUUAAAAAGUUCAAUGGAAUCUUCAACUGGACCAUGACUUAUCGGCAGGACUCUGAUAUCUUCAUGCCAUAUGGUGAACUUUGUGAGUCACAGAUUGUUGAGUUUUCCAUCCCUAACAAGACCAGUGUGGCAUCCUGGGUGGUGAGCAAUUACAACACUAAACAACAAAGGGUUCAGUUUUACAUGGAGCUAGUGAAAUUCCUACCUGUCCGUGUGUUUGGAAAGAUGAACAAUAACCCACUGUGCACAGAGUGUCUUCUACCAACUAUAUCAAAAGACAAGUUUUAUCUUGCAUUUGAAAACUCAGUCCAUAAAGAUUAUAUUACAGAGAAAAUUUGGCGGAAUUCAUUUAUGGCAGGAACUGUUCCAGUGGUUCUUGGGCCAUCCAGGAAAAACUAUGAAAAUUUUAUUCCUACUGACUCCUUUAUUCAUGUGGAAGACUUCAGUUCACCUAAAGGACUGGCAGAUUUCCUCCUGGCACUCAGUGCUAAUGAGACCCAGUAUCAGCAGUACUUUCAGUGGAGGAAGAGGUACUCAGUGAAACUGUAUACAGACUGGAAGGAAAGGUUUUGCACAAUCUGUAACAGAUUCAGUACUCUUCCUCAGAGGAAAGUUUAUCAUGAUUUAAACUCCUGGUUUAAUGAAUAAUGUUAUUUGUGCAACUUAAGUUUACAGAUCACUAUGUGGCUAUACUAUGUAUAUGACCAGAAACCAAGUGAUAUGCACAUACACUACAUAUUCAAAACUUUAAAAUAGUGUCAGAACCUCUGUUCAAGUCACAAUGUUGAUGACAGGGUUUUAAAACUGUAUUCUUUGCACGUGUAUACAUUUCAUUUGUGUUGUGUGCUCUCACAUCUAAUGUACAUGAAGAAACUUCAUGUUUAUUUCAUGUUUUUUAGACAUUUAUUAUUUUCUGUUUCAAAUAUUUGAUUCACUGGUAUAAAGAAGCUAAGGGGUGCCUUUUACCACCCCUUGAUAAUGUAAGUCAAACUUAUUGCUGCAAAGUUAUUGGAAGAAUUCCUGAUGUUAAUUCAGCUGAUACAUUGCCUUCUCUGUGGGGUCUUUUGUUUUUUCAUGUAAUAAUUAUAGUGUUUCUGUGACUCAAUGCCCUCUUUCUGCCUGUUAUCCUCCCACAACUACAUUAUCUAUCUAUUAUGGGAUAAUAUAUUUUAUUGAGUAUGUCCCACCAAAAAUGAAGGACUCUUACAAGAACACCAUGAAAAUGAGUGCCCUGUGGUGGACACGGGACAUUUUGACCCCAGACAGUUUAACCCUAGAUGUUCUGACCACUGCAUUAACACAUUCCAUAUCUAGAUCUGUAACAUUUUCAAUACAGUUUGAUACUGCUGUCAUGCCCUAGUUAACAAGGCCUUUAUAAUAGUUAUAACACUCAGGAAGAAUAGAGAAAACAUAUGAUAAUCAUACACAAUUGUGCAGAAAAUAACCCAUCAUUAAACAUAACAAAAUAUUAUUUGCAUUACUGGUCUGUAACCUGGUACAAUCAUAGAGAACUCACAUUAGCAAAGUAAAAAACUUGGAACACUGCCUGGAGAAUAAAACCAGCUUUAAUAACAAUUAAAUGCAUAAAACUGAAUAAAACUUCAGAUAUGCUGAGUAAAUCUUCAAAUACGCUAGUUAAAUAUAUUAACUUCCUAUGUAAAAUUCAUGAUUGAUCUCAUUGUUAAGAUGUUGGAAAC